AUGAUGAGAACAUUAGCUUCAUUGGCAUUGUUUGCCGCGGGAGCCACAGCUCAGAUUAUUGAGAGCUCAAGCUUUGGUGCCGGUAAAACGAUAUCACCCAACCGAGACUCCAUUCCAGGAUGGGCAAUUGGAGGAGAGGGACAUGAUCCUUCUCUUUUGUCAGACAAGCUCAUCUUAACACCACCUUACCCGGGUAACACACGGGGAUCUGCUUGGGCACAAAGGCCAGUUUCUCAAUCGGAAUGGUCUGCAGAGCUACAAUUCCGCGCGAGUGGUCCGGAGCGAGCAGGCGGUAUCCUUCAACUAUGGUAUACCAAGGAUGGCCAGGCGCGGAUUGGUACCUCCAGUAUCUAUACAGUUGGACAAUUCGACGGAUUUGCGCUCGUCAUUGAUAAUCACGGUGGAAGAGGCGGAAGCGUUCGUGGUUUCCUGAACGACGGAACCACCGACUACAAGAGCCAGAGCAGCCCCGACAGCUUGGCCUUUGGUCACUGCGACUACGCUUACCGUAACCUGGGCCGUCCCUCAGUUGUUAAGCUGAAGUACACCAGCUCAAUCUUCGAGGUCACCAUCGAUGACAAGCCCUGCUUCUCGACCAACAAGGUCUCCUUGCCGGCCGGAAACACCUUCGGUAUCACAGCCGCGACUCCUGAGAACCCCGACUCAUUCGAGAUCUUCAAGUUCAUCCUCGAGCCCGCCUCCGGCGGCCAAACCAUCGCCUCCGACCAAGGAAGUGUGCCCCAAAAGCCCAUCGUGAACCAGAACCCAUCCGUAGCCCAGAGCGGAGGCAACCCCUCAACGGACGCCGGCAUGGCCGCGCAGUUCGUCGACCUCAGUGGCCGCCUCCAGCUUACUAACAAGGCUACCAACACCAUCCUCCAAGAUCUCAAGAACCAAGCCUCGAAGAGCGACGCUCGCCACACGGAGUUGCUCCAGAAAGUGGCAACUCAGGACCAGAUCGCUGCCCUCCUCGACGCGAGACUCGCUCGCAUCGAGCAGCUGCUCCAGAACAUCCUGCGCGAUGUCGAGGGUAAGGAUUAUAACAGUCGCUUCAACCAGCUGCAUGAGACUCUGCGCUCUUCGCACCUGAGCCUGAGUGAGAACCUGCAGGGUCACUUGUUGAGUGUCAUCACUGCCUCAUCCCCUCGCAUGGGCUUCUUCCUGUUCAUGUUGAUCGCGUCCCAGGUCCUCCUUGCAGUAUCCUACGUCAUCUACAAGCGUCGCCGAGCCAACAUGCCCAAGAAAUUCCUCUGA